CUGAUGACGUCAUCCGGCGCGGGACCUCCUCCCCUCCCCCUUCCUCGGCGUGGCUGCACGGGGUCCCCUCCGCCAUCGCCGACUCCCCGCAGUCGCCUCUCCCCGCUCAGAGCCCGCGCUCUCCCCAGCAUCCCCCUCAGCGAGCGCACCCCGCCCCCUCGCCGUCCCGGCGCGCCCCCCGCUCCUCGCGGCCCGCAGCGGCCCGCCCUAGGACCCCGGGCGUGAGGGAACCAGAGAACGCGCUGCGGCCGCCCGCGCACCCCGCCGCGCUCUCCCCGGGCCCAGUGGCCAGGAGAAGGAGGAGGAGCAGAGCGAGUACAGAAGUAGCUGCUGCUGCUGGUGGUGACAAUGUCAAAUAACGGCCUAGACAUCCAGGACAAACCCCCAGCCCCUCCCAUGAGAAACACCAGCACCAUGAUCGGAGCAGGCAGCAAAGACCCUGGGACCCUGAACCACGGCUCCAAACCUCUGCCCCCGAACCCGGAGGAGAAGAAAAAGAAGGACCGAUUUUACAGAUCCAUCUUACCUGGAGACAAAACAAAUAAAAAGAAGGAGAAGGAGCGGCCAGAGAUUUCCCUUCCUUCAGAUUUUGAACAUACAAUUCAUGUUGGCUUUGAUGCUGUCACAGGGGAGUUUACGGGCAUGCCAGAACAGUGGGCCCGCUUGCUGCAAACAUCAAAUAUCACAAAGUCAGAGCAGAAGAAAAACCCGCAGGCUGUUCUCGAUGUGUUGGAAUUUUAUAACUCUAAGAAGACUUCCAAUAGUCAGAAGUACAUGAGUUUUACAGACAAGUCAGCUGAAGAUUAUAAUUCUUCAAACACUUUGAACGUAAAGACUGUGUCUGAGACCCCCGCGGUGCCCCCUGUGUCGGAAGAUGAAGAUGAUGAUGAUGAUGCUACCCCACCUCCAGUGAUCGCUCCUCGCCCAGAACACACAAAAUCUGUAUAUACACGAUCCGUGAUCGAGCCACUUCCUGUUACUCCAACUCGGGAUGUGGCUACGUCCCCCAUUUCACCUACUGAGAAUAACACUGCUCCGCCAGACGCUUUGACCCGGAAUACUGAGAAGCAGAAGAAGAAGCCUAAAAUGUCUGACGAGGAGAUCUUGGAGAAAUUACGGAGCAUAGUGAGUGUGGGUGAUCCUAAGAAGAAGUACACACGGUUUGAGAAGAUUGGACAAGGUGCUUCCGGCACGGUGUACACGGCAAUGGAUGUGGCCACAGGACAAGAGGUGGCCAUCAAACAGAUGAAUCUUCAGCAGCAGCCGAAGAAAGAGCUGAUUAUUAAUGAGAUCCUGGUCAUGAGGGAAAACAAAAACCCAAAUAUUGUGAACUACCUGGACAGUUACCUUGUGGGAGAUGAGCUGUGGGUUGUCAUGGAGUACCUGGCUGGAGGCUCUUUGACGGAUGUGGUGACAGAAACCUGUAUGGAUGAAGGCCAGAUAGCAGCUGUGUGCCGGGAGUGCCUACAAGCUUUGGAGUUCCUACAUUCGAACCAAGUCAUUCACAGAGACAUCAAGAGCGACAACAUUUUGCUGGGGAUGGACGGCUCCGUCAAGCUAACUGACUUUGGGUUCUGUGCACAGAUCACUCCAGAGCAGAGCAAGAGGAGCACCAUGGUGGGAACCCCGUACUGGAUGGCGCCUGAAGUCGUGACACGCAAGGCCUAUGGACCCAAGGUUGACAUCUGGUCCCUGGGUAUCAUGGCAAUUGAAAUGAUUGAGGGGGAGCCCCCAUACCUCAACGAAAACCCUUUGAGAGCCUUGUACCUCAUUGCCACCAAUGGCACCCCAGAGCUUCAGAACCCAGAGAAGCUGUCCGCUAUUUUCCGGGACUUUCUGAACCGCUGUCUUGAGAUGGAUGUGGAGAAGAGAGGUUCGGCUAAAGAGCUGCUGCAGCACCAGUUUCUGAAGAUUGCCAAGCCCCUCUCCAGCCUCACCCCACUGAUUGCUGCAGCUAAGGAGGCCACCAAGAACAGCCACUGAGCCACGUCCGCCCCAGCAUCAUCGUGCCAAGCCUUCUAGGAAAGAAACACUCGUUUCAGGAAC